AUGCAGGGUGCACAUGAGUUCAAAACUGAGAUAGAGCUUCUCUCAAGGGUUCAUCAUAAGAAUGUCGUUGGCCUUGCUGGCUUUUAUUUCGAUCAAGCUGCACAGAUGUUGGUGUAUGAGUAUAUUCUUAAUGGCACGUUAAAAGAUGGUCUUUCAGGCAAGACAGGAAUCAGGUUAGAUUGGACGAGAAGACUGAGGAUAGCCGUUGGAACAGCAAAAUCAGUUACUCCAAAAUUCUCUGAUUGUUCAACUCCUGAAGUUAAUCAGAAAUUUGGAUCCUUUAAUUGGGUCAAACUCAAUUUACAAAGUGAAUUGACUGAAUUACCUUCAUCGGUGAAUCACCGGCAGCGACGGGAUGAAGGGGGUGGCAGAAAUGAGAUGAUGAAAUGUGGUUAUAUUUGCAAAUGUGGCUAUAUUUGA